AUGGCUGUAGAUAUGGACUUAAAAAAUGCAUUCAAAGAACUUCAUGAAAAACUAUUAUAUGCAUCUCAAAAAAUAAAAUUGGCUGAUUUGCAAAUUGAUACUCUUCGUCGUACAAAGCAACAUAAUAUUCUUACUAAGCAAGAACUAGAAAAAAUUCCAAAAGAUGUGAACACAUAUGAAGCUUUAGGUCGUGCAUUUGUAUUAACACCAAGAGAUGAAGUAUUUAAAAACUUAGAUAAAGUUAACAGCGAUACAGAACAAAAAAUUACUGUCUUAGAAAACACUAAACAAUACUUGGAAGGUAAUUUGAAAGAAAGUGAGAACAAUUUGCGUGAAAUGGUGCAACGCAAAAGAGAUGUUGGCAGCGACAAAGAAAAUCAACCAGGCAGUUCUAAAGACUAA